AUGUCCCUUGAAGAAGAGAUAAGACAAAAGUGCCAAGAUGUGCUCGAAGCAGUACACAUCGAUUGCGACAUUGAGGGAGACGGCUGUAGUGGUGGAGCAAAAGUCGACUUGAAGGUUGUGAGCGCCAAAUUUGAAGGGGUCAAGCUUCUGCAGCGUCACCAGAUGGUCAAUGAAGUGUUCACGGAGGACCUUAACAGCAACCGGAUUCAUGCACUCACAAUCAAGGCCUGGACACCGGAGCAAUACGAGAAGAAAAUGAAAAAAUAA